AUGGCUGCUGCCCGGGAGCUGGUGCUGGCCGCCCUGGAGGAGCUGAGCCAGGAGCAGCUGAAGCGCUUCCGCCACAAGCUGCGGAACCUGCCAGGCCAAGGCCGCACCAUCCCCUGGGGCCGGCUGGAGCGCGCUGAUGCCCUGGACCUCGCAGAACAGCUGACCCAGUUCUACGGGCCGGAGCCGGCACUGGACGUAACCCGUAAGGCCCUCAAGAGAGCGGAUGUGCGUGACGUAGCCGCAAGACUCAAGGAGCAGCGACUACAACGUGAGCGCUUGGGAUGGGGCACGCCGCUGUCUGUGUCGGAGUACAAAAAGCUGUUCCGUGAGCACGUGCUGCGGGAGCACGCCAAGGUCAGGGAGCGCAACGCCCGCUCCGUCAAGAUCACCAAGCGCUUCACCAAGCUGCUCAUCGCGCCCGAGGUGGAGCUGGACACGGUGCUGGGGCUGGACUUUGAGCUGGGGCUGGACGCUGCGCCGUGGCCAGACGCCACACCGGGGGCCGACACCGAGCCGCAGGCAGAGCGCGCCCGCCGCUCGGACACACACACCUUCGACCGCCUGUUCCGCCCGGACCCGGACGGCCGGCAGAAGCUGACGGUGGUGCUGCAGGGCCCGGCGGGCAUCGGCAAGACCAUGGCGGCCAGGAAGAUCCUGUACGACUGGGCGGCCGGCAAGCUGUACCGCGGGCAGGUGGACUUCGCCUUCUUCCUGCCGUGCCGCGAGCUGCUGGACCGGCCCGAGGCCUGCAGCCUGGCCGACCUGCUGCUGGACGGCUGCCCGGACCGCCGGGCGCCCCUGCGGGCCAUGCUGGCGCGGCCCGAGCGGCUGCUCUUCAUCCUGGACGGCGCGGACGAGCUGCCGGCCCACGCGCCCGGGCCCUGCGCCGACCCCUUCCAGCCGGCCGGGCCGGAGCGCGUGCUGGCCGCCCUGCUGGGCCGGGCGCUGCUGCCCGGGGCGCGGCUGCUGCUGACCGCCCGCGCCCGCCCGGCCCCGCCGCGGGGUCGGCUCUGGGCGCCGCAGUGCGCGGAGGUGCGCGGCUUCUCGCACAAGGACAGGAAGAAGUUCUUCUACAAGUUCUUCCAGGACGAGGCGCGGGCGGCGCGGGCCUACCGCCUGGUGAAGGAGGACGCGCCGCUGCUGUCGCUCUGCUCCGUGCCCUUCGUGUGCUGGCUCGUGUGCACCGUGCUGCGCCAGCAGCUGGACGGCGGCCGCGGCCUGGGGCGCGCCGGCCGCACCACCACGUCCCUGUACCUGCUCUUCACCGCCAGCAUGCUGGGGGAGCCCGGGGGCGGGCCCAGGCCGCAGGUGCUGUCCGAGCUGCUCCGCCUGAGCCUGCUGGCCCGCCAGGGAGUGCUGGGGCGCCAGUUGCGCUUCUCCGAGGCCGACCUCGCGCAGCUGCAGCUAGGCGGCUCGCGGGUGCAGGCCCUGUUCCUUGGCCGCAAGGAGCUGCCCGGCGUGCUGGACACGCAGGUGGCCUACCAGUUCCUGGACCCCAGCUUCCAGGAGUUCCUGGCCGCGCUGUCCUUCCUGCUGGAGGAGCCGGGCGCGGGCGGCCCGGGCGUGGGGGCGCUGCUGCGGGCCGACGCCCUGCGCCCCCACUUGGCGCUCACCACGCGCUUCCUUUUCGGGCUGGUGAGCGCCGAGCGCGCCCGGGACAUGCAGCGCCUGCUGGGUGUGGGCGGCCCCGGGUCCGAGCGCGUGCGCCAGCAGGUGCUGGCCUGGGCCCAGGGGGUGGGCGCGGGAGAGGCGGGCCGGACCCCGGCCGAGGCGGAGGACGCGGACCUGGACGCGGACCUGGACGAGGACCUGGACGAGGACGAGGACGAGGACAAGGAGGACCAGGCUGGGUCCGGGGAGCCGCCCGGCUGCCCACUGGAGCUGCUGCACUGCCUGUACGAGACGCAGGAGGCGGCCUUCGUGCGCCAGGUGCUGACCGGCCUCCCCGAGCUGGCCCUGCGGAGGGUCCGCUUCAGCCACACGGACAUGGCGGUGCUGGCCCACUGUGUGCGCUGCUGCCCCGCCGGGCAAGCGCUGAGGCUGGACAGCUGCCGGCUGGCCAUGGCCCCGGAGAAGAAGAAGAAGGGUCUGGUGAAGAGGUUGCAGGGCGGCUUAGGGGGCAGUCCUGCCCGGAGCAGCAAGAAAAAGCCCCUAGUCUCCCUGCUUCGUCCACUCUGUGAGGCCAUGGCUGACCGGCAGUGUGGCUUGAGCAGCCUCAUGCUCUCUGGCUGCAAAAUGCCGGACACCGUGUGCCGGGACCUGGCAGAGGCAGUGUCCAGAGCACCCUCACUGACCGAGCUGGCUCUGCUGCACAACGGGCUGAGUGAGGCGGGCCUGCGGGUGCUAAGCGAGAGCCUGACCCAGCCUGGGUGCCGGGUGCGCACCCUGAGGGUGCAGCAGCCCGGCCUGCAGGGGCCUCUGCAGCGCCUGGUGAGCAUGCUGCGGCUAAGCCCGGCCCUGACCGCCCUGGACCUUGGUGGCUGCCAGCUGUCAGGGUCCCUGGUGUCCUCCCUAUGUGCCCUCCUGCGGGACCCUGGCUGCAGCCUGCUGACCCUCAGCCUGGGCUCUGGGGAGCUGAGUGAGCAGUCACUGCGGGAGCUGCGGGCAGUGAGGACAGCCAGGCCGGGCCUGGUCAUCACACACCCAGAGCUGGACGGCCAGCAGGAGCCAUCCACAGGCUACGGCAGUGUCCUCUGAGGCCUGAGGAGGGGCCUGAGCUGUCCCCACCCACUGUCCCUGCCAGCCUUCCCCAGUUGUGGACGAGGCCCUCGCGGGCACUGUGAGGCCCCAGGGUCCUGCCCACUGCCCGAGGGCCCUGUCCUCCCCAGGACUGUGAUGCCAGGCACCGUGCUGAGGCCAGCUGCCCCACCCGGAGGUGCCCCUGCUCCCCCAGGCUGGCAUUGGACCCGGGAUCCAGGGGACCUGGAGGUGGAGGCCUGUGGGUGGGGGCCAGGUGGGAGCACACCUGGUUGAGCACACAUGUUACAGUGUGCAAGGACCCGGGUUCAAGCCUCCCAUCCCCACCUGCAGGGGGAGCAUCACAAGUGGUGAAGCAGGGCUGCAGGUGUCUCUCUCUUCCUCUCUAUCUCCCCCUUCCCUCUCAAUUUAUGGCUAUCACUAUCCAAUAAAUAAAUAAAGAUA